GGAACAUUGAAUGAUCUCUGUCAGUCAAAAUGAAAUCAAAAUAUAAGCAAAAAGAGAAACAAUAUUUUAUGACUAAGUUUAUAAAAUAAAUUAGAUAAGUAGUCUAUUUGAACAAUCAUCGAGCUCAGUUUUGAUCUUCUACGAAUCGUAGAAAUGACUAAGAAAUCGGAAAUACAACAGCUUGUGAGGCGGCUGUCCAAAACUGAAAAGGUUUUGUUUGGAACAUUUUCUAGCAUAGUAGCGACCGUCCUAGUGCACCCAUUAGACGUGAUCAAAGUGCGUCUCCAAGUGCACGAGAAGUCGUACAACACUCGGCAGAUGGCGUGGCUGAUGCUCAAGUGCGAGGGGGCCUCGGCACUGUACAGAGGUCUGACUGCCGGCCUCAUGCGACAAGCCACUGCCACCACUACCAGGCUCUUGGUUUACAAUCUGUUGAACGAUCACCUGAAAAGAUUACAUGGUCUGCCGAAUACGACGACUUUGCCCACACAGGAGAAGGUGUUGAUAGGACUGUGCGCAGGGUUAGCAGGCGCUUUCGUAGGCAACCCUUCGGAAGUCGCGUUGGUCCGUAUGAUGGCAGAGGGUAAGAUGGAGCCCUGUGGCCCCUGUAUCGCGAAAAGCCCCUACCGAGGCGUGAUGCAUGCCCUCUACAAGAUAGCUAGAGACGAUGGUUUGUGUACUCUGUGGCGCGGUGGAGCGUUGACUAUGGGGCGGUCCGUGGUCCUGAGCAUCGCCCAGAUAGGAGUUUACGCUGAAAUACCAAGUCAGGCGAGACAAUAUGACACAGAGUGCAAUAUUCAAAGACAUUGUUCAAAGAAAAGGGAUACUCUACCUAUGGAAAGGCAUCGUUCCGUAUUUCAUAAGAAUGGCAGUACAUACAGCAUCAACGUUAAUCAUAAUGGAAAAAAUCACCGAAAUAUUGUACUAUGAAAAAAAGGACACGUGAAUUUUGAACGACUAGAAGGAUAGUGAAAUCGGCGCUCCGAGGAAGUCAGUAUGAUAAACUAACAGGCUAAAAUUAUUUAUUCCCGGAACGGACAGACAAAAAAAUUUAUAUAUACUACUAGCUGACCCAGCGAACUUCGUACUGCCCUAAAAAAAUAGGGGUUGUCCAGCGGACAAAAUUGUGAAUCUAAACCAUUCUCAGAUCCCCUUGAACACACACAAAAAAUUUCAUCAAAAUCGGUCCAGUCGUUUAAGAGAAGUUCAGUGACAUACACACUCACAGAAGAAUUAUAUAUAUAAAGAUAUUCACGAUGAAAUCACGAAUUCGAUUGCAUUGCAACACUCGCGCUUUUCUUAAACAGUUAUGUAGUGUUGAAUUAAAGAAAUUAUUCACUACCCAAAGGAAAGAAGAAGAUUUGAAAGUGAAUAUGAUGAACCUAUGAAUUAUGGAUCAUAUAUUGCUAUUUAAAUAAUACUAUUGGUCAAUGAGAGAGCUGAGCGAAGCGAUUGUGAGCUGCAGCAUGAACCUAACCAGCUUUCUUCAAUUCUGAACGAAAAACUAAGGCCUGUAUUAUAAAAUGACAACUAAGUGUUGAUCUUUUCUUGAGUACAGUUAGAAAGGGAUAUCGCUAUAGGCUAUAUAUAACGACAUCCCUUUCUAACUAUGCUCAAGACUAGAUCAAUCAUUGAGAAUCUUUCUAUAAUACGGGCCUAAGUCUGUUACAUUCACUGUCGAUUCGACCCUUACGACGAUGUGUUUCCGUCUGCAGCUGAGUAGUUUUUCAUUGUCUUGCUUGUCCAACUGUAAUAAACUUCGUUUCCUUUAUACGUUUGCAGGUAUAUUUUAAAUACAACCAUAGACCAUACCCUAUUUUACCAUUUUCCACAGGAUGUAACAAAGCAAUAGGAUCGGUCGUGAAUUAAUGGGAUACUAAAUAUUUCCUACACUCAUAUCAAUUAGCCUACCCCCAAAGUAAGCACUGCAACAGGCGUGCGCUGCGUUAAGCGCGGCACGGAGCGAGCGUCCGCUCGGCGUUUUUGUUUCAUGUUAUUUCAGAAGAGCAGCGCUGCGUGAGGCGGGUCUCCCGCGCCGCGGGUCUCUAUAACAUUACAUAAAACCUGCAUGCCGAGCUGAUGCCCGCUCCAUGCCCCGCUUAAGGCAUCGUAGGCUUUAAGGUUUGUUAUGGGAUACUGGGGUUACGGAUAGAAUACAUAUACUUUUACAUAAAUUUGUACAUUUUAUAUAGAAAUAUAUAUAAACAGCCAUGACCAAGGUCCAAAUGAUCGUUUUCCUUAUCCUAACAUUCCUUGUCCCCACCGGGACUCAAACCCGGGACCUCUCGUGUAGGCGACACUUGAAACCGUAUAUGCCAUUCGGCCACAGAGGUCGUCGGAUAUUGUGUACCUAUUGAAAGUACAACGCAUUUACAACAUUAACUACACGUUCCACCCGAGAUUUCGUCCGUAGUUUUUUGAGAAUACCCACAACAUUUUCAAAGAUAAAAGUAGAUAUGCUGCGCCAAAUUUCAUCCAUUUCCAAUUAACAGUUUUAACUUGAAAGAGUAGCAAAUAUCCGUACAAAUUUCGCAUUUUUAAUAUCAUGCUCAAUUCAUACUAGCGCAGAGUAGAAGCGUAUCGAAGUAAUAGAAGUGUAUUUUAGAAACGACACAAAGUAAAUUCACUAUUAUCUCAGAAAGCGCGCAAUAUCCGCAGCUCAGAAGGAAUAAAAUAUGUGCAUUACGUUCGCUUCGUCUCUGCGCUAGUAUCAAUUACUCUAUAGCAGUGAUUCCCAAAGUGGUCUAUAUCGACCCCUAGGGGUCUAUGACAACCUGCAAGGGGUCAACGUCAGCGAAAUAAAAUCAAUAUCAGGUAAGUAGGGGGUCUACCCAACACGGAAAAACAUGGCAAGGGUCUACAACACAAAAAAGUUUGGGGAACUCUGCUCUAUAGUUUCUUAGACGCAGUUGUCCAAUAUGUGGUUUAGAUGAAAAAAGUUAUCAAAAAAAAAUAGAUGGAAGUAUGCAGUGUUGAUUUUCCGCAAAUCAUCAGCAUUGUGCCCCAACCUGACAUUUCUGUAAAGACUCAAGUCUUCGUCACAAUGUCCUUGACAGAAUUCGCACCAGUUGGCAUAGUCCAAAAACUCAAACUCAUUUAUUCAGUCUAGGCUGUUACAUGCACUUAUGAAGGUCAAGAAGCUACGCCAUCGGUUCGCAAAACUACGGCGGGAGACCUUGUACUGAGAAGAACCGGCAAGAAACUCAGCAACGGCUGUUUUUUUUCCCUGUAUUGUUAUAUAGUGUCGUCAAGUCGAAAAAUGACUUCAUAGAUACUUCUGAGUAUCUGAAGAACCCCAAAUUUUUGUCCAAGUUUUGUAUGGAAAUAUAAUAAGUAUAUAUGUAUAUGUGGGUUGCCUACAACGAAGAGAUGGCGCUGCCUUGCAGCUUACGAAUAGCUAGAGAAAUUUCGACGCGGCCGUCAAGGGCCGCGGUAGCAUAAUUGGCUAGUGCAUUCGCCCGGAUUGCGAAGGGUGAGGGUUCGAGUCCUGUAUGCUGCCUGGUCCGCGUGGAAUUUUUUCUAGUUAUAUUUUCUUUAGAUUUAAACAUCAAGCAGUUACAUGCUGUAAAAUAAUAAAAAUUAUACCUAACACUACCUUUUUUGUCAUAACUUUUUGCCAAAUCGUCUGAAUCACUUUUAUUUGAUUUUAAUUUUUAGCUUAUAAUCUUAUGAUUAUUAUCAAAUAAUAUUAAUAUUAUGGUUAUAUGUAUAAAUUAACUCAAUAAAUUGUGCAACUUAUUGUGUUUACUUAUUUUGAUAAAGUCAUCGUUAAAAGGAUCUGAAUUAACUUCCAUAAAAUAUACACAUCGUAAAUAAUAAUAUAAUCAAUAAGAU